CUCUUUAGAUCCCAGUCAGAAGGUUCUUCCUCGGCUUCUGUGAAAUACCUGCAGUCCAAAAAUGGCAGCAAAUAAGCCCAAAAGUCAAAAUUCUUUGGCUCUACACAAAGUCAUCAUGGUAGGCAGUGGGGGUGUAGGAAAAUCUGCAUUAACGCUGCAGUUCAUGUAUGAUGAGUUUGUGGAAGACUACGAACCCACCAAAGCAGACAGCUACAGGAAAAAAGUAGUUCUUGAUGGAGAAGAAGUCCAGAUAGAUAUACUGGAUACAGCAGGACAGGAAGAUUACGCUGCAAUUAGAGACAACUACUUCCGGAGUGGAGAGGGUUUUCUCUGUGUGUUCUCCAUUACAGAGCUUGAAUCUUUUGCAGCUACAGCAGACUUCAGAGAGCAAAUUUUAAGAGUAAAAGAAGAUGAAAAUGUUCCAUUUUUGCUAGUUGGUAACAAAUCAGAUUUGGAAGAUAAAAGACAGGUUUCUGUAGAAGAAGCAAAAAACAGAGCUGAUCAGUGGAAUGUUAACUAUGUGGAAACGUCUGCUAAAACACGGGCUAAUGUUGACAAGGUAUUUUUUGACUUGAUGCGAGAAAUUAGAGCAAGAAAGAUGGAAGACAGCAAAGAGAAGAACGGGAAAAAGAAAAGAAAAAGCCUAGCCAAGAGGAUCAGAGAAAGAUGUUGCAUUUUAUAAUCAAAGCUCCACAUUCUUUUCCCUAUUUUGACCAUCCUAAUAAAAUCCAUAACUUAUAAAGCAUGCCAUUUGAAGGCUCCUAUGACUGAAAUUACUCUUAACAGUUUGGGAAUUGUAGGGUACCACUUAAACUUGUACCACUUAAAGCAUGAAUUGGGACAGCACUGAAAGUAUUUCACUGAAAGUUUUUAAUGUGGCUUCAAGAGAAGCAGAAUUCAUCCCAUUUCAUAAUUGGUUGCCUCUCAUCAUGGUUCUUCUGAAUGUAGAGUAUUUCCCAUGGGCAGUCUGUCCUGAACUGUAAACAAAAACUUUUAACUUUCUAUGGCUUCUCCUAAAGUGUACACUUUUAUAUCACCAAAUCUUCACUUUUUGUCUUCUACUGCCUUGAAAACUACUGCGGUGGUCAAAAACUAAGCAAAGGUUUGUUUGUUUGUUUUUGCUAUUAUAAGAUUAUGCAAAUUAGAGAAGAGAACUGGGCUUUGUUCUCUGAUGCUUCUAUCGGGAGUCAUUUAUACAUGGAAUUAGCUUAGGCAAGUAGUAUGUAGACUCAUAUGAGGAUAUUUGAAUAUGCCUUAAUUUAAAAAAAAAAAAAACCCUAAAAAAAAUUGAUGUAGUCACGGGUGUAGCUUCAUUGUGAUGCACUGAGGUGUCUGCAUCAUUCUCUGAAAUUAUAUCCUUUAGGCUGGAGUGCAGUUUGUGAGUAACCUUGCAAACUCACGGUUUGCUAGCAGUAUCUCUGGUCAGAAAAGUGUGCCAUACUCUGGGUCGGGAAAGCAAUCCAGAGCAUACUGUUACCUUUGAUUUAGUGAAGAGAGCUUAGACUUGAAAGGGCCAACAUAACCCAUGUACAUGAUUGGACACUUAGAUUUAAAAGUGAAGAGGGUGGUAGAGCACACUUCAUUCUGAACGGAACGUGUCUGUCUUAACGUGCACACAUUCUGAACCUGUCCUCUGGCAAUUACUGAAUGCCUAGACACUUGGGAAGAUUAUUUCUCCAGGACUGGAUAUGCAGUGUGAAUUUUCAGUCUUCGGAAAUGAGGUCGUCUUUGGGAUGUCUGGGAACUUCUGACCGUUUCCCUUCCUUAUGAUCCUCAUUCUAAGCCUUUGAGAACAUGGUGUAGUGAUGCUAAAACCGUUAUCUGUUCAUUUCUUAGUGGGAAAAAGCUUUUUGGCUACUUCUUGCUAGCUGAUAUUGAACAAUCAGUCCUACUUAGCACUACAGAAAGAUUUACAGUGUGCUUCCAGUACUUCUCAUCAAGACAUUGAAAAUAGGUUGUCAUCAAAACUCCAAUGCAUUUGAAAAUACUAGCACAAUGUUAGUAUGUGGAAUUGAGCUAAAGAUGUUAGUAUCUUUUGAGGCUUUGAAGCCUUUUUGGAGGAAAGUUGGAUCAGUUCCAAAUAAACUUUUUAUAUACCUGUGUAAACUUAAACUGACAGUUGAAAGUGUGUCUGAGUAAACUAGACAACACGUGUAUGUAACAUGCUAACAAGUAGACGUUAGGAACGUGGCUCUCUAGAAAACACUCUUUGUUAAUAUAAGGAAUUUUUUUGUAUGUACAUUCUCCAGUAGAUGCUACCAUGUGCGGAAUUAGUUUCUUGAUGUGCCUGGCCAAGCAGGUUGGUCCUCAUUUUAGUGUGUAUCCAUUUCCAGUCUAUUUAACCAGGGAGUUUAACCACUAACAUUGUGAUGUUGUUUGUGUAAUGGGAACCAAGGUGUUAUGAAGCCAAUGGACACACAGAAAUAAUUGUCAUAGGCUGAUGCCUUAUCAGAUUCUUUUUAUUUGCUAUU